CUUUCCGAGAAAUCAAGGAACACUUACGACUGAGUCGGUGUAAAUGGCGGCAGGAGGACCCGUUUAAGACUUAGCCAAAAUUCGCAAGGUGAGGCAAAAUCACUGAAACAGCACGCUUUAUCUUUCCGUGAAGGUAAAAUAAUGUUUUUCCCAGUGGAUGACAACAGAACCUGAAAGGAGAUGUAACUUUAGUCAAACGUACUGUUUCCAAAAUGAAAGGUCACAUCCCAGGUAAAAUAAUAAACAUUAAUUUCCCAAUCUCACAGUUUGGCUUGAAGUCGAGUCGAACGUAACAAAACGUUCUUGCCAGAAAGCAAUCAGGAAAUCUUGUCAACUAACUUUGGAAAAGAUCGGCUGCCUUGGCAUUUUCAGAGACUUUCAAUAGCUCUUGCCCCUUCUCUUUGCGUAAGAGAAAGCUUAUACUAAUAUUAGGCAUUCCGAGAAAUCAUCGAUAGUAGUGUCUUAAAGCCUGUAUGAAGUCGAUACUACGAGUGAACUUGUCUGAUUUAUGAAGUGAGGGAAAGCGGCCUUGCAAUUCAAAACGUCAAGAACUGAACAAAGUGGGUCUGAAAAGAAGCUUGUUUCCUUGAUUGCUUCUAUGAAUGCAUAUAUUCCACGAAGAAAUUUAAAACUAAAGGACUCCUGAAGUAAACAUUGCUCGCUUCAUAUCUUCCUUUGUGAAUAGGUUUGUUUCUAAUUAUGAUCUAGCGCCGUUUGUAGAUAAAUAUGUAUCUAUUGGUGGUGUACUAUAAUUUUCUCGCUUCAUAAUUCUUAACUGUGGCAUAUAUAUGAAUGUCAUAAACGAUGGCGAAGCAGUUGGGGUGUAUCAUUUCUAAAGAGUCUGCAAAUACAUUUAACUGCGUAUGAAGUAACUACAUGCAAGGUUUUGUAAAUAAGUAGGUACAAGUGCAUUUAAUUAAAAAAAAAAAGGUUAAUGUUGUUUUACGUUACUCUCAUUUGCAACUCCUUUUUGUCAAAAUGGGUGAAAAUGGUAUAUAAUAACUAAUGAAAGAUUGAUCUAUUUGCCGGCCAGUAAUCGUCAAUUAAGAAUCGAAUUGACCUAUCAGAGUAUCGGCGGGACCGAAAUGAUCUUUUGUUGUCAAGAAACUAGCUCUCGCAUUUGUCUUCAGCUCGCUCAAGUAGAAGUUUAGUAAACUGUAUUCAUCUUUCCUUGGUAUUUGAAAAGAGAACCAUUUUAUUUGAAAUGAGUUCGAGGGAUCGUAAUGACAACUUCUCAGCAAGAAAAACUCGCUAAAAUAGCGGCCAUGUGAAUACGCUUAUCGUACAGUUUGUGAAGAUUGACUACUUUUUGAAAGAGGUGCUCUAUAUCGACAUGUGAUGUCCCUUUAUUUGUAAAAAUACACACAAACAAUGCAUUUUGCGACACGCACAGGAGUUGCUCAAUGUUUCGUUUUGUAAUUAGCUAAAGUAAAGAAUUCUAGCUACCUUUGGAUUGGAGUACGAAUUUUCUGUUCUGGCCAGGCGCAUUAGUCUUGGAGAUCGAACAUCUUGAUUACCACAUGACGUGACGCGUCAAGUGGAAGUGACGCGUAGCAGGAAUUCUUCUUUACGUCUUGGCACUGUUUUAGAUUUCAAAACUGAGUUCGUGUUCGAUGCGGGAACAUGCGCAGUGUAAGAAUAAAUGGAAUCAACGAACUUCCGUGUCGAGGAAAUGUAAAGAUUCAACAACGCUUUUCGGUAAACUGUACGAUUUCAUUGGCUUUCAUACACCCUCUUGAAAUGUGCAACUGGCAUAGUGUGAUUUCAUUGGCUUCACUGGAAAAUGACAUUGCUCGUGAAACUGCACAAACGUCAACAUUGUCGAUUUUUGGGAUGUUUAUUGUAUUCGAAGGAGACUUCCCUUUCAGGAUAUCUUGUGUUAGAAGCUGAAACACUGACAAAGCUUGCAUGCUUGACCACCAUAGAAGCGUUCUGGUGUGAAAAAGAGACGAGUAAUAAAGUAGUCAAUCUGCGCAAUCUGCACAAUCUGCAAUCUGCAAGAUCUGCGUUUUAACAUAAACGCUAAAAUAGUGGAUAUUUCUAGAAGCAAUCGCUAGCCAUUCAGAUUGCUGGCCUCAUAACUGCGUGCAUGCGGUUCUACGGCCGCCCGUCGCUCCUUAACGGUAAUUUUGCUGUUUUGAUAUUUAUGAUCAAGUUACUUUCCCAACAUUUCCUGCAGGUCCAUUAUGUGGUCAAUCAUCUUGUUGUUGUUUUCACUGCAAUGCUGCUGGGCAGCGGAAUGUUCGCGUCAAAAUGGUCCAGAAUGGGGAAACGAUUGCAGAAAAAGCUGGCCUCCUGGCGAGUACGAGUGGUCGACUUGUCUUAAUACUACAUACAUGAAACAACAAUCCGGCUACAAAGUUUCUUGUUAUUAUACCCGAGCAAAGUAUUGCUGGAUGCCCUGUUCGUUCAUAAAGAAGUACUUUAAACAUCCCAUCCUGAUGCCACUUCCCGAAGACUGUUCUUGUGACCCUGACGCGAUACCUACGAGGUCGCCAAGUCUGCCUUCGGAUUGUUAUAGUCCAUCAGGUCACUCUUGCGACUGGUAUCGUAAUUGUUUGGAAAAGAGCCAUCCUUGCGAAGCCACAACCAACGCCUACGCACUUAAGUACGCGGAAAAAUUUUGCAGGUUGUAUGACGAUCAGAAAUCCACGUUCAGUCAGCUGGGACAACAAUGGAUUGACGCUGUUCGCAAAUGUCUCCAGGUAGCUCUCGUCCAAUUACUAUACCCAUGGAGUAAGUCGUCGUGUCGUGAUAUUCGAGACAGGGCGUUUGAUUCUCACAUUCCAUGUUACCUAAAUCCUGGCAAAGAUACGCCGUCGGUAUGCGAUCUCGACUGCGCUGAAUACUUCAAGAUCUUUUUUACCAUAAAGGGGUCCUUCACGGAGUUGAGUACGGCUUGGAGGUCUAUGGAAGGGUAGGUAGGUAGGUAGGUAGAUUUUUUAUUUAAAACUCGGUAAAAUCUUCAGUAAUAAUAGAGUAAAAAUCUAAUCACAAUUAAUUAGACUAAAAACUAUCGACAUACUGUUUUACAAGACUGCCGAGUGAGAGUCCGACGACUCAAAUACAUGUUUGAUUUGCUCUUUAAAUUUCCUGACUGAUUUAGUUUCUCUCACAUUUUCGGGUAAAGAGUUCCACAACAAAGCACCGCUGUAACUGAAACUUCGUUUCAAGUAGUUAGUACGCGGCCUGGGCAACGUCAAUUUAUGAAAGGAAUUGCGCAAAUCAUAGUCUGUGCUUCGUUCGUGAAAUAGGUUCUGCAAGUACACUGGAGCUUGUUCAUUUAGAGAUUUAAACAUCAUUAUUGCUUUAUGCUUCUUUCUCCUUAUAACUAAUUUGUCCCAUUUGAGUAUAUCAAGAAGCAGGCUCGAGCUAGUCCCAUAGUUGGCCUUUAAAAUUACUCUAGCUGCACGGUUCUGUAACUUUUGUAAUUUGUCACUCAGUUGAUCACUUAAGCCAUCCCAAACAAGGCUACAGUAAUCAAAGUGAGGUUGAAUUAAGGAGUUAUAGACUAGUACCGCAGUAGAUUGGGAGAUAAGGGGCCUAAUACGUCUAAGGGCACCUAUAGCCGAAGUUACCUUCUUACACAAUUCGUUAACAUGAUUAGACCAGGAAAGCCGAUUGUCAAUAAUGAGACCUAAUGAUUUUGCGUGAUCAACAUUGCUGAUAACUUGGUCUUCUAGUUUGAUGUUUAUUUCGUUAUGGCUUUCCGCGAGAAGCUUCUGGCGAGAGCCAAUAACCAUAAACUCGGUUUUCGCAACAUUAAGACUAAGCUUAUUGGCUUUUAGCCAACAGUGAAGGUUCAGUAGUUCUAAGUUAGUCUCUUGUUCAAGGUCAGCUAGAGAGGAACCAGAAAUGGUAAUAGUUGUAUCAUCUGCGAACAUUUUAGCGCAUGCUGAAUUAAGGCAGUUUGGAAGAUCGUUUAUAUAGAUUAAGAAGAACAAAGGACCGAGAAUACUACCCUGUGGGACUCCGCAUCUUAGUUCGCUUGCACUGGACAAUACGCCAUUAACAUAACAUUUCUGGCUCCUGUUACCUAGGUAGGAGGCAAAGAAUCGUAGGGAACCCAGAUCAAGUCCAUAGUUUGGGAUGUGGCACAUUGGAACCAAAUGCGCUGCCCGCAAGUGCCUCACAGCAGGAUUUCGCCCCGUCAUUAAGGGAGGUGGAAUCGUCAAAGAGGAGUUUAUCAGAGUUGGGCAGAUAUUUGUGAAGAUUUUCAAGUCGAAACGCAAAAGGCGCUCGUCCGAUUUUCCUUUGGAGGGCGAUGCCAAGUAUCAAUUUGCUGAUAGGGUGGGUUCAGCUAUUGCGAAGGCCAUGAAUUGGGAUACAGAAAUCGUGGACUGGCUAGCGUAUCCUGAAACUCUUCGAGGGACAGAUAACCCUGUCGUAGAGGAUACCCAAGAAAUUACUAUCGUUCUGGCGGACAAAAAGGCCAUUAACAUGACAAAAACGCCCAAGCCUUCUGUGGAUUUCAAUGGCGCUUUUAAUGCACUUGCAUCGGUGAUAGAAACCGGAAAGCUGCCUCUGCAUGUCAAUGACUACAAAGUCUGGGUCAAAUCACUGGCUUCGUGCUCUGAUAAAUCGUGCAAUGAAACCCAGACGGUGGCAAUUUCUGACAAACCCCCCAAAUGGAUCGCCCAUGCUGGAACGACCUCCAUUGGUAAUUUUUCUUUUUUUGAAUGCUUUUCGAUCUGGUUCAUAUUGGGCCACAAUUUGAUCUUCUGAUUGAGUAGCGUUUGGCGCCAAGCAAAUCAAAUCAACCAAAUUACGUUACCGUAUUUUCCCCAUCGUGUAAUGAGUAAUCACUGUAUCGUAAUAGUAACAGAACUUUUCGAAAAAAUGCACUGGUCAGUUCCAAGCUUUAUAAACCUUUAUGUCACCUCUUGUCUUGUGACUCGAGGAGAUCAACGCUUAGACGGAAACUUGAUAGAGGUCCAAGGCAAAAGGUGAAUUUUCACUGUUUUCACGUAGUGCACUUGAUUUUAUUGUCUUUACAUAAGAAAAUAAUCAAUAAAAUAGAUCUUUGAAGCGGAUUUCGAUUGGCUGUCGAAAAAAAUUUUUCAAUGCUGAUGUAUUUUCUCGCGUUAAGGAAUGCACGUUGCUUCAGUGCUUUGCGUACGGAUGUGUUGUUAUUUGUCGCGUGAGUUAUUUUGACAGUGUGCGUGAUUAUUUGUUAUCAGGUAUAUAAGGUGUUCUUUACAGAUUCAAGGUCACUUGACGGCAUCUCUCGCUACCGUUCUGUAAAUUUUCUUGUAUUUGUUAUCUUUUUUGUUAUUAUAUUUAAUCUUUCAGAAAGGUUAUUACCAGAUUGUACAUUAUUGACAUUAUUGUUAGCUUACGUCUUCGUUAGCUGUUGUUUGUAGUAUGUUUAUU